CUCUUGGAGGGGAGACCCGGCGCGGCGGGUGGACGGACAUGUCCAUGGAGGACCCCUUCUUUGUGGUGAAAGGGGAAGUUCAGAAGGCAGUGAACACUGCCCAAGGACUGUUCCAGAGAUGGACAGAGCUUUUGCAGGAUCAAUGCACAGCUACACGAGAAGAAGUUGACUGGACCACCAAUGAGCUGAGGAACAACCUAAGGAGCAUAGAAUGGGAUCUCGAAGACUUAGAUGAGACUAUUAGCAUUGUUGAAGCAAAUCCCCGGAAAUUCAACCUUGAUGCAACAGAGCUGGGUGUGAGAAAAGCCUUUAUCACAAGCACACGGCAGGUGGUCAGGGACAUGAAGGAUCAAAUGUCAAACACCUCUGUUCAGGCAGUAGCCGAAAGGAAGAACAGACAGGUGCUGCUAGGAGAAAGCGGUACUCACAGCUGGAGUUCUGGGACUGACAAGUAUGGGCGCUUGGAUCGAGAACUGCAGUUGGCAAACUCACACUUCAUUGAGGAUCAGCAAGCACAGCAGCAGUUAAUCAUUGAACAGCAAGAUGAACAGUUGGAGCUGGUCUCUGGCAGCAUUGGCGUACUGAAGAACAUGUCCCAGCGUAUUGGAGGGGAGCUGGAUGAACAAGCAGUCAUGCUGGACGACUUCUCUCAUGAGCUGGACAGCACUCAGUCACGGCUAGAUAACGUCAUGAAGAAACUUGCAAAAGUGUCCCAUAUGACCAGUGAUCGGCGACAAUGGUGUGCGAUUAUCAUUCUCUUUGCUAUCCUGUUGGUGGUGCUUAUCUUGUUUUUUGUGUUGUGACAAGAUCGGAGUUCCGGUUCUCAUCCUAGCUCCCUUCUGAAUGAAAUCUUAGACACUUUGCAUCUCCAAGACAGAAUCCUCAUCCUACAAGACCUGUGCUGGGGAGCCUGAUACUGACCACCCGUGGCAUGACCAGACACCACUCUCUCAUGGCUUUUCUGCUUAUCCUCAUCCAUGUGCCUGAGAAGGGGGAAACAAACGGAGGACUAAAAAAGAUGCUCAGGCUCUGCUGUAACAGGAAGCAGCUCUUAUAGAUUUCAGACAUUGCAAUCCUCUGUAGGGAGGUGAUUCAGAAUGGAAGAAGCCAGCAGAUUUCCAUCAUUUUCCAGGUAUGAACCACAUUCAGGAAGCAAUCUGAAAUCGGUCUGUCUGUCUGUCAGAAUUCUUGACAGUGUUUAAAAAAGAAGGCACAUAAGAUGUGUGUGUGUGUGUAACACAAACUCCUUGGGUGGGGUGGGCGAUUCUCUUCACAAGCCAGCCACACAGCACUGCCCUGCAAAAUAAUUGUGGAUCCUUCAAAAGAGAAGGGGGAAGGGGAGCGAAAGCAGCCACCAAAAGUGGAUGUUUACCUUUCUCCCCGAACAGGGCUGCAUAAUCAGGCUGCCGAGGGUCACUGCCGUGUACAGAACAAUGCACAAACCUUGGCCUUCGAAAAAUAGUUUUUAAAAAACGGUAGAAACGCUGUAGGCCUGUAAGUGUUGAAGCAAAAGCUAAUGUGAGCCUUUGCACAUUUUAAAAGCAGGGGCCAUUUUUGAGGCAGCCGCAACCAGCCCCGCUCACUGGGUCUGGCUCCUAGGCUUCUAGUAUAGAUCUGUGCUGCCAUUCAGAGAAGCAGACCUGGUUCAAGCAGGGUAGAAUGACUUUGAGCAAAUCCUUGUGUGUGUCUGGAGCGUAACCCCACUAUGCUGUCCUGUCUCAGGCAGCUAUAGUUGAAGUCCCAUUUUUCAGAGCUUUAACUUGUGUGUUCCCUGUGCUGGAAAGCUGGCAAACAUACUGUAGCUGAAGUCUUCUGUCUCUUUUUUUGUAUGAAAUAGUUUUUGGCUUUGGCCUUGCAAGCCUUCUGAAAAGAGAAGCUCACGCAGGCAGUGGCUCCAGGGCUCUGUCUUGUAUCUGCUACUCUUUGAAACAGCUCCUUUUUGUUGAAUGAAUGAAUGUUGUCUAGUGGAAAUUUGAGGAAGGAACGGCUUAUGAUGAGCCUUGGCCUCAUUCUGUCCUAUAUGCAUAGCUUCUUAAAGGAGCAGGAUUCAUCUUAUUCGAUUGCACAGAUAUAUGUGGGGUAUCUUUAGUAGAGUCCUGCUCCUUGUAAUGUUUUAGAGCCUGAAAUGCUGGUGCAAAAGGAAACUGAUAGUUUCAUCACCAUUCCAGCCCUGUGAUGUUCUAGAAUAGCAACUACUGAAUUUUUAAAUUUUUUUUUUAAGCCUACUUUUGUCAUUUUGAUAAUAUGGUAGAAUUUAUGUACUAAUAAACAGAUGUACUCCUGGCU